GGUAGAUAACCUACAACCAAAGAUAUUGACUUUUUGUUUUCCUCUUGGUGACGACACAAAGGAAAAAAAAGCACGUAACAGCGGGGCCAACGCGCCUCUCAUUCCAUUCAUUCACAAGAAGAAAAAAACAUGUUGUUUCCUUCGGCGACGCGGCUGCUGGCCGCCGCCAGCGUCCUCUCGGCGGCGUUGGCCCACAACAUUGCCCUCCCUGCCCACGGCCGCGAGUGCUUCUACGAGGCCCUGCACAAGGAUGACAAGAUGACCGUGACAUUCCAGGUCGGCGACAGGGAGUUUGGCAGCGCGGGCAACCUCGACAUUGACUUUUGGAUAACAAACCCCGAAGGCCAGUACGAGACUUUUUCCAAGUCGACCUCGAACGGCGACUUCAGUUUCACGGCGCACCUGGACGGGCAGUACACGUACUGCUUCGGCAACGAGCACUGGGGCGCCACGAGCAAGGAGGUGUCGUUCAACGUGCACGGCAUCGUAUACGUCUCGGAGCACGACCAGCCCCAGGACCCGCUCGAGUCCUCGGUCCGCCAGCUUUCGGAGCUGCUGGCCCAGGUCAAGGACGAGCAGAGCUACAUCAUCCUGCGCGAGCGCACCCACCGCAACACCGCCGAGAGCACGAACAGCCGCGUCAAGUGGUGGAAUCUUUUUGUCAUUGGCGUCAUCAUUGGCGAGUACAUCUUUCAGGUCUGGUGGCUCAGGAGGUUCUUUGAGGUCAAGAGGGUGGUUUAAGGGGGAAAUAGAGAAGGAAAGGGAAGGGGCUGGUGACUUUUGUGGUUGAGGGGGUGGUUGCGGUUGGAACGAGCGAUUCAGGAGUGGGUGAUAUCGGCAGAUUUAGAAACCUCCGAUGAUUCCAAAUUUGUGUGGUUUCGAGAUAGAAAGCCAGAGUUUUUACGCAAUGUUUUGUGAAACGCUAUACUAUCAAGACCGUGAUGGGCUAACGACCUCAAUACUUCCAAAUGUGGACCGACGGUGGAGCAAUUCAUAACAGAAUUAAGCUUUCAAGUCACUCACUGAUCACGCAUUCAUACAAGCAUGAACGUAAUAGGCCUUUCAUAUCAAACAAAGACGUCAUAUUAUUCAAACAGACGAAUGCAACUUGAAUUCCUCGUCUAUGAAACCCAUUUGAACGCC